GUUUUAUCGUACGGACGGUGACGUCAUGGUGUAAUGGCUGAACAACAACCUUCUGCGUGUGACAAACUUUACAAACUUCUACAGAAGAACAGGAAAAGUUUGAUUUUUUAAACACCCAGGACAGUGUUGUUUUGUGUUUGACUGUAGCCUUGUCCCAGAUGUGCGCUUUGUGAUGGAUCACAGAUAUGACAUAGCGCGGAGGGCCGCCGGAGGUGGCGGAGGCUCGGGGAACUCUUCUCCCGGUUUGGGGGCGCAGUCCCGCCGCAGGAAGGUGCCUCCGAGACCCGCUGACUUUAAACUGCAGAUUAUCAUCAUCGGAGCGCGGGGAGUGGGUAAAACUAGUCUCAUGGAAAGGUUCACGGAUACUUUCUGUGAAGCCUGCAAGUCGACCGUAGGAGUAGACUUCAAAAUCAAGACGGUGGAGCUGAGAGGGAAGAAGAUCAGGCUACAGAUAUGGGACACGGCGGGACAGGAGCGCUUCAACUCCAUCACGUCGGCGUACUACAGAGGAGCAAAGGGAAUCGUCAUCGUGUACGACAUCACCAAACAGGAGACGUUUGAUGACCUCGCCAAGUGGAUGAAGAUGAUCGACAAGUACGCCUCAGAGGACGCAGAGCUGCUGUUGGUCGGGAACAAACUGGACUGUGAAUCGGACCGGGUCAUCUCCAAACAGCAGGGCGAGAGGUUUGCGUCGAGAAUAAGUGGGAUGCGUUUUUGUGAAUCCAGCGCCAAGGACAACUUUAAUGUAGACGAGAUCUUCCUAAAGCUUGUGGAUGACAUUAUUAGCAAAAUGCCUUUGGAGAUGAAUAAAGAGCUCUCCAACAGCGUCCUGUCCCUGCAGCCUGAACCUGACGUGCCCCCGGAGCUGCCCCCUCCACGGAUGCGCUGCUGCUGAGUCUCCCUCAAUCCUCCGUCUUCCUGUCUCCUCUGUCUCUCCGCUGUCUAGCUCCUACUCCCACAGAACUUCACAUACACUUUGCGGUUUGUCCAGCAGGGGGCGACACACUGCGACAUAUCAACACACUUAACUGGCAGUAUUUAUAUAUAUAUAUAUAUCUCUCCUCGUGUAACUACAGCGCUCUUCAUUAACAUCUGCACCACUUUAACUAACAGGAGUAAAAUAAAUAUCCAUUGUUUUUAAAUGCACAUACUGCACAAUAUAGAGUUUAUUUUUAUUGGUUUUAUAUUAGACAAUAUUUUUAUGGGCAUCAAUGGUCCAAAAAUACAAAAAUAAAUGCUAAGGAAAACAUGAAUUGUAUGAAAUCAAAAUAGGGUUGUCUAAAGUAUCGACAAUCAGAUACUAAAACAAGUACAAGACCACAUGGUAAUAUAAAAGAAAGUACUACGAUUUAAUGUUGAAAAUGACAUUUUAUUGUCUAAAUCAGUGUUUCCCAAACUUUUAUACAUAUAAUUAUAAAAUCUAAAUCACAAAAUAAAGGUGGAUUUGACCAUUAUUGAACAUUAAUGAGGAUAUUUUAUUGUUGACUAAGUGAUCGUGUCUUUUUGAACAAUUCGUAUUACUCAAGUUUUAAACAAUGAAAAACAGUAAUUAAACCAGCAACAAAAAGGAUCCAUAAGUCGCCUAUUUGGACAUUAAAUGUAGCCCAUUUCUUUUUCUUUUCAACAUUCAAUUGAACCAGCAAUAUUGGAACCAAAGAGUCCAUAAAAUAAUUACAAAAAGAUUAGAAAUUAUACAAAACAUGUCUUAACAUUUCAGCAUUUCUAAUGAGAUAGGUGGGCCUGUUUAUGUUUCAGUCCGAGUGCAGGAGGAGAGCACAACAUGCAGAUCAGGCGCAGUAUUCAGUCUGUUUCUGUGCUUUGUCUUAAUUUUUGUGCGCACAGAAAAUUCCAGUUCACACAUAUACAUAGUAGUGAAAGGAAUAAGCCUAGAAACACUCGUUCGAGGCAGGCAGAUUCACUGACUCACUUGCUCUCUCAUGUGUCAGAACUUUAUAUUGCAGGCCUACAUGCAGAUCGUGACAAGGUGACCCAAAAAUAAAUCUCUUGCGACCCAGUCUUUGCAAAGCAAUGAUCUAAAUAAACAGUGUAUAUUAUUAUUGUGGAAUCAGAAUCUGCAUUAACUAUUGAGUCUAUUUGUUAUCACAAUCGAGUUUGAAAUUGUAUUUUUUUUGGCAUGAUACCCAUCCAUAGCCUAACACAAAUUUAGUCCUGCCUUAGUCCUGCCUUAGUCUGCCUUAGUCCUGCCUUAGUCCUGGCUUAGUCCUGGCUUAGUCCUGCCUUAGUCCUGGCUUAGUCCUGCCUUAGUCCUGCCUUAGUCCUGCCUUAGUCCUGCCUUAGUCCUGCCUUAGUCCUGCCUUAGUCCUGCCUUAGUCCUGCCUUAGUCCUGCUUUAGUCCUGCUUUAGUCUGCUUUAGUCUUGCCUUAGUCCUGCUUUAGUCCUGCCUUAGUCCUGCC